UUCGGGCAACAAUAAGGCAGCCGAUCGACCCGAUGCUGCAACCCAGCCUUGCUUUACACUUCAACAGCAUGACUCGCAGCUGUACGCCAAACCCUGCACAUGCAACUCGGAACCAGACGGCUACAGUACAGUUCGAGCGGGGCUGGCAUCAGUAGAUUAUACCCACCAUCCGUGUCGAGCAUCUUCUCAGACCAUAAAUAACCAGUUCGCUCGAAGUGAUGACCAUGUCGAGUCCUCAGCAUCUGAGUCAACAACUCCUCAACCUGCCUCAUCUUCACAUUCACACCAUCUAGAUCCGCACGGCCCAAGAUGUCCACGGCCCGCGACGACGAAACAAGAUGGUUCCCCAUCGGACAGAUGGUGGAAACGCCUUCGCGCGCUGCUCGACGGACCGGCCAAACCGUGAAGGAUAGUGAUAACAAGGACGAUGAUGGGCCCACCUUUGCCUACGCCGACGUGGACAUGGGAAAACUGAACCGCUAUCUCCAUGGUGGAAGAGUGUUACCACGCGACAAAGACAGUUUCUGCCAAAAGGUCGGCAUCUUGGACCAGAGCAAGAUCACCGACCACAUCUGGACCCAGAUCAAUAGCUUGAUCGGGACUUACAAGGAGAUCUACACGGACUGCACCGAUUUCCUCGGUAGUGGCAGCAGCUCCGAAAAACCCAGACAGUGGACGAAAGAGGAUGAUGGCGAUGACAGCGCCUUUGAUGCCCUCUGUACUUUCGAUAAGAUGAACACCCUUGCGUCGCAGAUUUACGGCUACGCAGACACCGCCGGGGCGGAUGACAACUCUUAUUAUCGGUUCAUGUUCCAGCAGUGCAAUAAGUACAAUGAUAAAAACGCAACUGAGGAGCAGAGGCGGGAGGCCCAGAAAGCCAUUCUGGAUGUUACGGAGGAUUUGCUGAGUGAUAUCGCACCAAUGCAGCUCCACGCUAAGAAGGUCUCGGAUGCCCUCGAAUUGUUCCAAACAGCCUGUGAGCAGAGAGAGAAUGCGCUCGUGGACUCUGAGACGAGCAUGACCACCAUCCUCAACGUGGAUCUGGGAGACAUCGACGACUUGCGGGACAAGAUCGACUCGCAGCUGGCGGAUAUUGCUGCUGACCAGAUUAUCAUCGAUAAAGAUCGCUAUGAUCAAAGAAUGACCGCGGCAUACGUUUGGAUCCCUGUCAUCGGGACAAUCGCUGGCCCCGUCGUAUUCGCGGAAAGACAGGCGGAUAUUGAGAAAUACGAGAAGAAGAUUGCGGGCCUGAAGGCGCUGGUCAGCUCCGAGCAGGAAAAGGUUGCCCUGCAUCAGCAACUCCAAGGCCAUGUCACUGCGAUGUCGAAACAAUGCCAGAACCUGAAAGCACUCAUCGGUCCGGCUAUAGAUACGGCCGGGAAGCUUAAAGGUGGCUGGGACUUGAUAUCACAUGAGAUCGGAUUCGUCCACGAUGCCGCGGAGAAUUUUGAACAUAAGAUCCCCGGCGUGGAUUUGGCUGAUUACCAGCUCCAAGCUAUUGUUGGAGAGUGGAAAAAGCUCUAUAAGGGUGUCAGGGAGUAUAUCCAAACGGCUCCAGUCGUACCGUAUACUGAUGUCAUGUCAAUUGGUGACUACCAUGAUCAGAUUAAGGACUUGAUAAAUUGAGCCUGCGCAUGGACACCAACCGGGUAAUGAGCGGUGGAAGGUAGUAGGGAAACCGUCAAAUCUGCAUUCUUCAACCAUAAUAUACGGGGUCCGAACCUGAUUAUGUUUGAUGCGUCUGAGAUGCAAGUAAGCUGCAUAUUCGUACUUUCUAUAUUGUAAUUUUCAUCUCAGAUAUUUUCUAAAGCUCUACAUACCUAACG